AUGGAGCAGAGCAAUCUCACUACUCCUCGACCACAACUGCAUCGAAAAAGUGUUAAUAUCAUAGAUCAAGAUCAUAUGAUGGUGCAUGAGCUUCUCGGUAGUCCAUCUAUCGAUGGAUCACAAAGGAAACCAAUUAUGUCCGGACUGACUCGAGUAGAAAUGGCUCACGCGUUACAACAACGCUGGAUGGAUCAGUCGCAUGAACUGUGCCAACCGAUGAGACAAACUGACCAAGUUAUAUUCCAGUUAGACCAAAACCGAAAUGCAUGGCAAUCGGACUCAGAACAGCCUGAUGAGCAAGAAAUCGUAAAUAGUUCGGUUGCCGAAGCGAUAACAUCAAGCAGUAAACAGCUGGAACUCCUCAAACCGACAAAUGUAAAUGAACCUUUACCUUCAGACCAAGUCUCGUCAAUCAGGUCUGCAUCAAUUCGGUGCAAAACCAGUGUUCGUACACGAUCCCCAGACGGAAACGUGGUUGAAUCAGAAAUUGAGGAGAGUUAUCCUAUCACGAUUGAGAACCCAGACUACGGAGCUGCAGAAGCGCACAAACGUGCGUUUCCCGCCAACGGCUACCGUGAAGAAGAAAUGGAUGGUUCCAAUUAUCCGGAUAUCAAUGUAGUUACUUGUAUACAAGUUUCACAUUUUCCGGAUCCAACAAAUGCAUCAACUACAUCAAUUCCACCACCAGUCGGUACUUCUGUAGGUGCUAGUACCAUUACACCACUACCAUUGGAUGCUCCCACUGGUCAGUCCAAAACAACAUUGACAGAACAAUGCAACGAACUAGACAGGUCAUUACAAGACAAACUACCGAACAAGUUACCAGAUCAGUCAGCUCAACAAUCCGCUUCAGUAUCAGCUUCCGCGUCAGACGAACUGCAAGUGAGCAUGCAACAGAAGUUAUCAUCUGACUGGCAACAACCUAAAAAUCUACACCAACCGAUUCAGAUUGCGACAGAACGAGUACAGCAUUCCGACCCUGCUAAAAAUGUUGCUGAUUUAAUUAGAACAAAAACUUCGAGUAGAACAUAUUCGGGACAAGGUACGCUGAAGGAUGAUGUGCCGCCCAUUACAUUAGCUAGGACAAACUUACUUCCCAAGGAGGUUGGCAGCGUAGUGAAUGGUUCAGAACCGAAGAAUGAACGAACCUUACUUCGAAAUCUUCCUCCGCAGCAACUGGCACAGAAAAGACUGAAGAUUACUGAUCCAGCCCGGGUGGAGAUUGAUCACAUGCGUCGUGUUCUGGACAGUGUGUGUGACGAUUUAGUUUCAAUUCUGGAAAGCAUCCUAAAUCGGGAUUUUACAGCUUGCACAGUGUUUUACGAUCAUAUCCGAGUGCUACCGAUGAUUUUGGGCCGACUUAUUGCCAAACUAGGAUACAGUCCUUUCGAAAAAGAAUUAUGGCAAACUCAAGAGAGUCUAAUGCGAAUGAUGGAAGAGGUGAAAACGAAACCGUCGAUGAUAUUGCUUAGACUAGUGGAAUUAGGAUUCUACAUUUUUGAAGUUGGAUACCUGAUCGGUGAAAAGAUACUUCCUUUCAAUUUUGCAUCUCGAGUGCACGCGAUCCAAACUCGCAUUCACGUAAGUAGCUUGAUAAACGUAUAUUUUUGUUUAGGCAUUGAUACUUUCUUAUGCUAG